AUGUCUAAAGCCGACCCCACUGCAGGCGUUUCAGAAACGAAACCUCCCUUAGAUUCCAGGAUUGGAAGGGAUGAUCCAUUUACUUUUGGCCAACGGUACUUGAAUAACGAGGAGGAUGUGUUCAAACAUAAUGCCUGGGACCAUGUUGAAUGGGGAGACGAACAGGUCAUGGAGGCACAGGAAAAGAUAAAGAAGCAAUACGAAGCUCCUGUUAGAGAGUUUGAUAAGAAUUUGUACAACUCUCAGCCUGCCAAGUAUUGGGACAUUUUCUAUCGAAACAAUAAAGAGAACUUUUUCAAAGACAGAAAAUGGUUACAGAUUGAGUUUCCCUCGUUAUAUGAAGCUACGAAGGAAGACUAUGGUCCAGUGAAAAUUGUUGAAUUGGGAUGUGGUGCCGGUAAUACUUUAUUUCCAAUCCUAACUCAAAAUAAGAAUAAGGACUUAUCAAUUGUGGGUGCUGAUUAUUCUAAGAAUGCCAUAAAAUUGGUCAAAGAAAACGAAGAUUUCGACCCGCAAUACGCUAGUGCAUGUGUGUGGGAUUUGAGUAAUCCCGACUUGGAGCUUCCAGAAGGUGUGGAACCCCAUUCUGUAGACAUAAUCAUAAUGGUGUUUGUUUUCAGUGCUCUUUCUCCAGAUCAGUGGGACUCAGCAGUAAAGAAUUUGGAGAAGAUGCUGAAACCCGGAGGCCACAUACUCUUCAGAGACUACGGGAGAUAUGAUUUGGCUCAGGUUAGAUUCAAAAAGAACAGAUUAUUAGAUGACAACUUCUAUGUGCGUGGAGAUGGAACUAGGGUUUAUUUCUUCACAGAGGAAGAGCUCAGAGAGAUUUUUGGAAAAGUGUUCAAAGAGAAGGAGAUAGGCACCGACAGAAGAUUACUCGUGAAUCGGAAGAAACAAUUGAAAAUGUACCGAAUUUGGCUUCAAGCAGUGUUUGAAUCAGCCUAA